UUGUUGCAGAUUCAUAAGUGUUCGUUCGAUUUUACAGCAACUAAAAACUAUUAGCUCAUCGAAAUGUCGGAUAAACCAAUGCAAAGUGACGAAAGCAAUGAAAGCCAAACUAGUGCCGGCUGUGCAGAACCGGUGAGGAACUGCAUCUUGGAGCACGAAUCUGUUCAACAGAUAAGGCAUCUGAUAUCACUAGAAAAAUCAACUGUGUUUGUCGAACUUGUACGUGUUGCGUCUAAAAAUAUCCAGCAGCAUAAGUAUAUCGAAUCCCUCGAAAAGGCGCUCGAAAAAUCGAUCGAAGAAAUGGUGGCUAUAAAGCAACUUCUUCUAAGCGACGAAGAAUACCAAUCUGCUGUGGAAACUUUAAAACAUCAAAGACAGAAGCUUGCACACAAAUUCGAAGCCGAACAUCAGAAAAUCGAUUCGUUUGUAAAACAGAUUGAACAGGCUCAAUUGCAGGAAAAAAAUGAGGUUAGAAUCAAUCGAGUGACAAUGGAAAAAUUAAACAAACACAUUGCUGCGAUGGGAGGGAAAGCAUCCAAGCAGGCAAAUGAAUACAGUGCACUACUAAAAUGCUGUACUUCAUGUAAGCCAGAACUUACUGGAAAUAUCGAAGAACUGGAAAAGGAAAUCGAAACCUCAUCUGCUGCCAUAAAUGAGUCGACAUCUAAGUAUGAAAUGUUGAAAAAGGAAUAUGCAUCGAAAAACAUAAAACUUUCUGACGACGUGGCACAAAUGCAGUACGAAAAUGAGCAAAUGAAGCGUACUAUUUCCGAAAAGCAUGAGACCAUCUCAAAAUUGAAAUUCUUGCAAGAAAAAGCUGCGGAAGAUUUAAAACAAAUCAAGUUGAAAAACGAACAAAAUAUGAAUAAUUUUAAACAAGAACUGGUCGACGUAGAGCAAGAAUCAAAGAAAUUGAGUGACGAAAAUCAACAUGCUUGUGAUGCAAUUAGAAUACUAAAAGAAAGUAUUCAAAACGAGGAAAAUGAAAUUCGUGCUCUGCAAGAAAAAACGAGCAGUGUAGAAAAGAAUGUAGCUAAAUUGGAUGAGGACAUAAAGACAGCCAAAAUUCGAAUCAACAGCAUGGAGGAACAACUUAAAAAACUGAAAAAAGAAUCUUCAACUACCGGUAUCACGAUAACACCAGCUCCAAAAAGACUGCAGUUCGCUACGGUUCGACCACUUCAAACGAAAAAAACAUACCAUUCGAGUGCCAUUCCGACACUAGACCGGGAGAGCGAUUCUAUCAGCAUAGUAAGUGUCAUUCCACCACGACAAUCGCGUUAGAUACGUAGAGAGUUUCAAUUCUAGAUUCGACACCGCAGAGGACAUGGAUGAUAAUUAACUGCCGUCACCUUUUUACCUUUUUCAUUUUUACCCUGUAAUCUAAAUCUUUAAAAACUUGUUUUUAAAAUUAAAACAUCAAUUAUACAUUACUAUAGCGCUCUGGAUUGAAUUUUCAAUAAACAUGAAAUUACUUUUUGGCAAA